GGCGGCACCUCCUGAAGCUGGCGGGGGGAGGACUCCAGCCAUGUACGAUGAUCAUCUUAAAAACCGCAAAAAAUACAACAUUUUGAUAAUAUAUAGCAAUUAUAUACAAAUAACAACGUAUACAUGGACAAUAGUAGCUUGUCAGAGCUUGGAAUAUGUGAGGAAGAGGGAUGAAGAGGAAGUAAACGACAAGAGUGAGACAGGGGACGACACCCUGGCAACGCUUCCCGUCAUGUUUACAGUCGGUGUGCUGGUUUCUACAUGGUGGACUUUAUGCGAAUAAUUUUCUUAAGAUGUGCUGUUCACUGUGGUUUGUUUAAGUCGUAGAGUGCGUGAACUGUUGCAUUGGACCACCAAGCACGUUAGAGUGGCGUGGUAUAUUACAGUAGUACGAAGAGUGAUCCUACAGUGAGAGGAGAAGAGGAGGCGGUACAGUGUGCUCUCAGCAGACGAGUGACAGACUUCUUGUUCAUAAUAUGUGGGUGGUGAAGAGAUAGAUUUGUCAGUACAAGCAGAAGACUGGCCACCAUGGACAUACCCCUGCCAGAUGAGAUCCCUCUCCCUGGUGGGGUUAGACCACCAAGAGGACCACCGAGAGGACCACCACCUCCUAUGAGACAGGGAGGGGGAAUGCUUGCCAACCCUAGACCAACUCAGAUCCUUUUACCUCCUGGCCCACCACCAGAUAUGUCGGUGCCACCGCCCAUAUUCAACAUACCACCGCCAUUCAUGACCACUCCGCCUCCACGACUGCCAGGACCACCUCCUAUGUUCGGUAGAAUGCCUGGGGAUAUCUUUCCUCCUCCCGUUGCAGAAAGAUACUCACCUAGCCGUGUAACUGCAGACGAUGAUGAUAGGGACCCUCCGGAACUUCCUCCAAUCCCUAGUGUUUCUCUCCCUGUCACAGUUCCUUCUCAUCUGACUUCUACAGCUUCUAUUUCAUCUACUACUGUUACUACAGCUGAUGUUAAGACUUCUUCACUUAAUUCUACUACUAGUUCUACCGACAUUACUUCCUCCACUUCUGUAUUAUCAUUAGAUACCCCUCUUGGCACUACAACUAAUGAUAGCCUACCGGUGAUACCUCCUUCCUUUUCUAUACCUAUGCCAGCCACUCCUCCCUCUCCUCCUCUUCCUGAUGCAGUCACAUCUCUUGCUAAAGGUGGUGUAAAGACAAACUUACCAAAACUCUUGGGAAAACAAGAGGCCAAAAAGAGACUCCUGGCUUUCUCUGGGAAGGGAAUGAAGUUAUCGUCGUUUUCACUUGCCAAAACCACGAAGCCCUCUGCCAAAUCUGCUCUAGGGGAGGAAGAAGAGGGGCCUGACAAAAAAGAUAAGAAACAAGGAGCACAAAUAAAGAAGAAAAAGAAGGAAGAGAAAGUCUCCAUUAUUGAACAAAUUCGUGAUGAAGAGUCUAGACUUAAAGAAGCUCUUGGCUUAAAAAAUAUGUUGUUUAAUCCAUAUGGACCUGGUUUGGCUCCUGUAGCUAAGCUACUCGAUAAUCCAGAGGAGUUAAAGAGGUUUGAAAUAAAGGGAAAGUCUAUGAAGCAGAGGCUAGAGGAAUAUGAAGCACGACAAGUUGAGCGUGUCAGGAUGAAAGAAAGAUCAGUAUACGAAAGGAAGAAAGAAAAAGAGAAGGCCAUUGAAAAGGAAAAAGAAAGAAUCAAAGCAAAAGAAAAGGAAAGAGAAAAAGAAAAAGAUAGGAAGGCUGAUUUGGCAGCUGAUAAGAAGAAUGAAACAAAAGUUAAAGAAGAAGCUAAGAAGAGGCCAAAGCAUAUGCCAAAAUCUUGGAAAGAAUUCAAGGCAGAAAACUUCAAUUUUGAGCUUUUGAAGCAGGUUCGUAAAGAUCUGCUCAGAAGGCGCAGCAGGUCCCGAAGCCGUGACAGGGAUCGUAGACGGCGCAGCCGCAGUACUAGCCGUGAGAGGAAUAGAAGUGGGAGAGGUCCCGAUAAAUAUCCUAUAUAUGAAGAAACUAAGAUUAUGUACCCAGUUCGAGCUAAAGCUUUAAGUGAAGGUGAAAUCAAGGAAUACCCUGCACAGCUAAUACAUCAUACUACCACUAAACCAUCCAUUUCAUUCAGUAUCAACUCAUAUCGAUACAAGGCUCAUUAUUAUACACGGCAUGAAUUGAGGAGUAAAGAAUCUCGGGAGACAUGGGAGAUUCUAGAAAACUUUUGGGCAUUAAAAAAUAAAGCUUCACAGGAAAGGAAGAAAUACAAAGAAAAGGUAGAGUCAAGACCUUGGUUUGCUAUAUCUUGGAAUGAGGCAGAACUUUCAACCAAAACUGUCAUUGAAAAACAGGUUCAGGAAGUAGCCAUUGCUGCUACAAAGUCACGAUGGGAUUCAGAUAGUGAGGAAGUUGAACAUCAAGUUCCUGAAAGUGUUAAAGAUGAUAUAAACGAACAUGAAGAGGAUCUCAAAGAUGAAAUUGAAAUAAAAUCAGAACCUCCCACUGUUGCCGAAGAUGAAAUUCCUCUCUCCGAAAAUGAUACUGAUACAAAAAGUGAAAAGCAACAAAACCCUUCGGGUAAACCUUUCUCAGGAGAUCUAACGGAAGAGUAUGAGGCAUUCAUGCAAAUGCUGGAUGGUGGAAUGCCAGUCAACAAUGAAAUGGAGAUGCCUGAAGAAAAGGUAUCACUUCCUUUAAAUGAAGGUGAAGAGGAGGAGGAGGAAGAAGGAGAGGAGGAGGAGGAGGAGGAGGAGGAUGGGGAGGAGGAGGAAGAGGAGGAGGAUUAUGAUGAGGGAGAACUGGAGGAGCCAAUGGAGGUAGAAGAGGAGGAGUCCAUGUCAGUGCAUGAAGAAAAAGAUCUUGACGAGGAGGAAUCAGAAACUGAAUCUAAAUCUGAUGAUCAUUCUGAUGGAGAUGAUAAUGAAUAUCAAAAAUCAGAAGACAGUUACUUGUCUGAGAAGGAAAUUGAGAAAAUCGAUGAGGAACCUGUAGUGGAUGAAAAAUCUGAAAAAGAAAACAAGAAGAGACUUGAAAAAUUAGAUAAGAAACGAAAAAAACAGCUGAAGAAAGCCAAAAGAAAAAAGAAAAAGGCUGAAAAGAAAGCAAAAAAGAAAGCAAAGAAAGAAAUGAAACGAAAGGAAAAGGAGAAAAAAAAAGCAGACAAAGUCAGUGAUCAAAGCGACUCCGCAAACUCAGAGGAAGACAGUGACUCAUCAGUUGGUCGGUCAAAAGGGGAAAUAGAUGUAAUGUUUGAUGAGAAGAGAAGCAACUAUCGCGAGAGAGAUUAUGAAAGGAGAGGAACAUUCCGGGAUAGAGGUCGGGGAUGGAGAGGUAGACCAAAUUAUAGGAAAUUUCCUUUUGAUGGAAGGAGAGGAGGUUUCCGUGGAAGACACGACUGGAGAUAUGGCUAUCGUGAAAGAGGAUAUGAUAGGAAAUAUGAAUAUGAGGAGUGGAGAGAAAAGGGAAAUGAAAGACGAGAGUUUUCAAGAGGAAGAAGCUAUGAUAGGAAAGACGAUUCAGAAAACUGGAGAGAAGUAAGCCGUGAAAAAGGAAGCGAAAGAAGAGAGUUGCUUCGAGAUAGAGACAGUGAUAAAGAGGAUGAAGAGUGGAGAGAUUCUGCUCGGGAGAAAGGUGAAAGGAAGGAAUCUUUUCGAGACAGGGAAUUUGACAAGAAAGAUUUUGAAGACUGGAGAGAAUUAAUUCGUGAGAAAGGCCAUGAAAGAAGAGAAGCCCUUAGAGAAAAAGAUUUUAAAAAGAAAGUUGAUCGUAUGGAAUGGAAAGAUGUGUUCCGUGAAAAGGGAAAUAAAAGAAAAGGAUACGAUGAAGAAAGGAGCUAUGACAGAAAAAUAUCUUCUGAUAAUGAGAGUGAAAUUGUCCGUGAAAAGAAAGAGACAACCAAAACAGUAAAAUGUGGUGAGGAGGAGGAUUACAAUGAUCGGAAAAGAAGGGCUCCAGAAAAAGAGUAUCAUGAUUACCAAGAUGAUGAUGAUGAUGAGGAAGAAGAAGACGAGGCAGAGGAAGAAGAGGCAGAGGAAGAGGAGGCAGAAGAAGAGGAGGCAGAAGAGGAGGAAGAGGAAGCAGAGGCGGAGGAGGAGCACGAACAGCAGGAAGAGGUGUAUGAUAGUCCUUCGUAUACGCCUCCUAAGCGAACAUCAGAGAAUGAAAUUGAAAUUGACUUGACAGCAGAAGAUGAAGACAUAGAAGAUAAAAAUAGUGACACCUCAGAUGAUGACAGUAGAGAAGAAUUAGAUUAUGAGGACUUGGAAGAUAAAGAUGAGGAACCGCCAUCUCCUAUUUCAUCACCAGAGUUGCACAUAGAGCCAGCAGAUGAGUCUUCAGAUGAUGAGAGCAUGAACAAGGCUAAACACAGGAGAGAGAAAGACAGUAUUAAUUGGGAUCAAGAAGAAUCAAGUGGAAAUACCAGUCAUUCGUGGAGAUCAAGAGAGUCACCUUUACAUUACAGCUCACCCAGCAUCUUGAGAGAGUCUGUUAAAGAGAGAGAAUCUGUUCGGUACCCAACAAGUGACACCUCUGGCUGUUAUGAUCUUAGUCCUUCAUCCAGUCUUGACUCAGAGUCUAAUUCAGAAGUAGCAGCAGAUUCCAAACCAAGAGUGGCUAAAUCUUCUCACGAAUCACCUGCCAUUAGAUAUCAUGAACAGAAGAGAGCUGUUACUGAUGUAAUGAGCUUCAAACUGGAUGAUAUUCCUUAUCCACCAGCUGGUUUUGUGUCCAAUAAAGAAAAUAAACGUGAAGGGUCGACUCGGAAAGAUAGUGAGCGAUACAGUCCAUCAAACAUGUCAAUGUCACCCAGUCCACCAUUGUCCUUUCCUGCCUCGCUCUCACAGUGUGGCUCACCCAAUGUGUCUACCUCGCCGCCACCAUCUCCUUCACAAAUUCUAUUCCCUUCCUCUCUUGAGAAUAUCCCAAUACCUCCACUGCCUGGUGCUCCAUCCAAAAGCCAUGCUUUGCCUGUUUCUGAUCCAAAGAAAAUUCCAAUGCCCCCAUCUGGAAUACCAUUGCCAUCUGUACCACCUCCCAGUACUAGCUCUCGAACUCCUGGUAUUACCAUGCUUUCUGUUCCACCACCUAGUGGACGUGUAAUUUCUGCAAAGACUACUGUACCAUCUACUUUUUCAAUUUCAUCAGUUGAGCAGAAUAAACCUGUGCCAUUGUCUGUUCCACCUCCAGGUAAAGAAGCUAUCUCUGCUCUCUCAUCAUCUCUCCCGUCAACUGGUGUCCCUACUGUACCAGUACACUUAGUAAUGCAAGCAUCCCAGACUUCUGUCCCAUCUUCAAAACUGACAUUUUCUUCUCCACUACCUUCUGGUCGUCCCUCCUUUAUUCCACUGUCUGUUCCUCCUCCAUCAGUUAAUCUAUCAGUCCCUCCACCAUCAGUUCUUCCAAUGACAGUUCUCCCUUCCAUUCCAUCUUUGUCAGUACCACCUCCAGCACUCCAUACUCACUCAGAUUCUGCUCUUUCAGCUCCUAGUCCUGAUCUUUCAGUUGCAUCUCCCACAUCAUCAGCUUCACCACCACCUUGUGAGAAUUUGGUUCCUCCUGUAGUAUUGUUAUCUCCAACAGCAAUUCCUGUGCCAAGUUCAAAGCUUGAGGCAGAUGAAGACCCUGAUUCUUGCAAAGCUAAAGGGAUUGAUCUGGAACAUUCCCCUGAUGAAGACAAAUGCAUAACUCCUACUACAAAGCCAGUCAUUACAAGAUGGAUUGAAAAGACCACUGAAGAAGCUCAAGCCCAGGAUACUAAAUAUGAAGAGUCUGUAAUUAAAAGUUCCAGAUCAAUGCCCAUUACAUUUAGGUUGGGUGCUUCUAAGCAGAGCAAUGUGAAGCGUUUACAGAAAGGAUUAUUACCUGAAUUUCUUCAUGAAGAGGAGGAGGAGGAGGAAGAAAUCCUAAAAGCAAAAGCAGAAGAGGAAGACAAUGAUAAUGUGGAAGAAACUUCUGAAACUACAUCUGAGACCUGUGAGCCUCAGAAGCCAUCUCUGGCAAAUUUAAAAAUUUGGGAGUCUCCAACAGAUGACCGUUCAGGAGACAGAAAGGUUAAGGAAAAUGAUUCACCGCCAAUGCCAUUAUCUGUAUCUAAAGGUAAAGUUCGAAGAUCUAGAUCACGGUCCCCUCGAAGGAGUCGGUCAUCACAAAAAAGCAGAUCUCCACAAAGAAGAAGAUCGCCACAUAAAAGUAGUUCUCCAGUAAGAGAUAGGUCACCUCCAAUAGGACAAUCUCACGAAAAAAGUAAAUCUCCAAAGAGUAGCAGAAUGCAAAUAAAGAGCAAAUCACCCCAAAGAAGUCUAUCUCCAAGAAGAAGUAGAACACCAAUGAGAAACAAGUCUCCAAAGAGAAGUAGAUCACCUCGAAGAUCUAGAGAUUCAAGGUCUCGUAGUUGGUCUCCAAGAAGGAUAGGAAGCCGGAGAUCACCUGAAAGGAAAAGGAAAAUGUCGCCAGAAUAUAAAAGGCAACGUGGUAGUCCUGAAAGAGGUAAGAAAAGGGAUCCUGGUAGUCCGCGUAGAUCAAACCGAGCUUUUCGUGAUAUUAAAUCUCCUGUUCAUUCAUCUGGAAUAAGGUCAGGGAGGGAAAAGCGUUCACCCAAGCGUUUCCAGAGUCCCAGCCCAGUACCAAUUAGGGAGGAGAGAAUAGGGUCACACUUUUCAAGUCCUGAAUUAAGACGUAGCAGGAGUCCAGAUAAAAUUAGAACUUCUGUUCAUGGACCAAGAACUCCUGAGAGAUCAGGAAAGGAUGGACCCAAUAGGUCACCUAGAAGACAUUUUGCUUCACCUCUGCAUGAAGGAGGAUACCAUGGAGAUCAUGGAGUAAAGAGGCUAGUCAAAAGAACACCUGAUAGAUCCCCAUCUCCAGGGAUGCGUUUGGAUCAGAGGUUAUAUUUAAGUCCGCAGGGUCACAUGAUUAGACAGGAUUAUAGGUUAAGCUGCAGCCCUGACUCUAGGAGUCCAGAUGGACGACCAGUUCGCCAUCAUAGUCCUAUUCAUAGAAGUACUCUCUGGAGCCCUGAUAGACGUCAUCAGAGUCCAGGUUGGAGAAGUCCUCAUUAUAGAAGUCCUGAGCAUCGCCUACAAUAUUCUCCAGGAAGAGAUCAACGAAGUCCUCAGCGCCGUUGGAGUCCUCACAGAUCACCACUCAGGUCUCCGCGAAGAAUGCCUCAUCACAGGUCACCCCGCAGAUCCCCUCAUAGGUCACCUAUGCGUAGAUCUCCAUCAAGUAGGUCACCCAUACGUAGAUCUCCUUCAGGCAGAUCACCUAUUCACAGAUCUCCAUUGAGAAGGUCUCCAUUGCGAAGGUCUCCUUUAAGGCGAUCUCCAUUAAGAAGAUCACCAUCAAGAAGAUCGCCUUCAAGAAGAUCUCCUAUGAGAAGAUCACCAAUGAGGAGAUCUCCAAUGAGAAGGUCCCCAAUGAGAAGAUCACCGAUGCGAAGGUCACCUUUGCGUAGAUCGCCCCCAUGUAGGUCUCCACGAAGAUCUCCAAGAAGAUCACCUCGAAGGUCCCCUCGCCGCUCGCCACGUAGAUCUCCUCGUAGAUCUCUCUCACCUCAUAAUGAUGACUUUGAUUAUGAUCGCCAUGAAAGGGGUUGGAAUAAUUGGAACUGGGAACGAGAUAGAGACCAGGAACAAGGUCAAGAAAAUAAGGAACAUGAGCGCUGGUCUGAUCAUGCUCAUAGCCCAAGGAGUAAGACUCAAAUAGAACCAUUCUACAAACAACAUAGCAAAAGUUCAAAUCGUAGUGAAGGCACCAUUAAAAUUGAUGCAGAUUCUACCAUAAGUGAUUCUGAGCUCACAAGGAGAGAACAAUAUGGUCGUGCCACGAGGGACUCCUCGUCUUCAUCUCCACGGGAUUCGCCAAGGCGACUUACUCUCGAUGAGCGACUGCAACAAGAACAUGGAGUAGAUAUUGAAGAGGAGCGGCAGAAACAAUUACAACAGUCACAGCCACCACCACCUAUUUACAACUGGGGCUACCAAGGACGCCCUCUCCAGGUGCAUCAAUUUCACUAUGCAUACGAUGGUGGUGAAGGAGGCAGUAUGAAGAGCGAAGGUAGUGGCAGUGAGGGUGCAUCUCGAGUCAUCCAGGUGGGCAACAUGCUCCAGGUUCUUCCCCAGGAUCCUUCAGCUUCAACUUCACACACACCCAUGAUUGUACAGACGGGUAACGUUAUUCAGGUGGUUCCAGCAGAGAACAUGCAAAUGCUUGGAACGGAAGUGAUGCCAGGUAUUCCGGUGUCUAAUAGUGGAGUGGUGGGAAUGAGUAGUGUAAUGCAGGUAGUUACAGGAGGUGUAGUGGGGAUGUCUGGAUCAUCACCAGGUCCGGUUCCAGCCCCUGUUGUAUCUACUCCUACCCCUCUGUUGACGUCACCCACUGAAACAUCCACUGUUGCCAGGUCCUCCGUCCCAUCUCUCUCUUCGUCAAUGCCAGUGCCUGUCCCAUGCUCUGUAGAUUCACCUAUUGCUGCAUCGUUAACACCUCCCACCACAUCACCCUCAAAUACUCUUACGGGUGCAACACAGUCCUUACUCACCCUGUCACCUACUCAUGCUGCAGGACUACCAGUUGCACGAAUAAUAUCUCUGUUACAACAGCAAAUGCCAAGCAUUGGUGAAACUAUGAUAGAUCCAGAAGUUGCUGCUGCAGCGAAGGAAAAGGCAAGACAAGAAAGGCGUGAAAGGAAGGAAAAACGAAGACUUGAGAGGGAAGCCCGGCGUGAGGCAAGACAAAGAGAGCGUGAGCGUCUUUUGUUACAGCAGCAGCAGCAACAGCAGGAACAGGAGCAGGAGGAAAAUGAGAAACAAUCUUCAGAUACUGAAGAUGAAGUGCUCAUUAGAGAAGCUAUGUCCGAGGUUCCGGUGAUAGGAUCUCCUGUGCCAGAAUAUGAAGUUAUUGGAGACGACGACGACGACGAUGAUGACGACGAUGAAAAUGGAUUGAAGAAGAAGCGUCGCCUCCCUCCUGUCCCUCUCCCUCCACCUGAUAAGGGAAUUUUAAUGAGUCCAAGUUAUAGGUACCGAGAAGAUUACCAACCAAAGGCAGUUAAAUUUGCCGAUGGUGUUUUGCCAGGAGAAGGUACCUCUCCGUCAGGAGGGGAGGAGAUACACUCCCCUCCUCCACCUACUGUCAAGCGUAAAGAGAAAAAGCUGCGCAAAAAACGCAAGGUUAAGGUUAAGAUUAUAAAAUUGUAUAACAAAGAUGACAACAGUGAAAACUCUCCUCCGCCACCUCCACCCGGCUCACCUCCUCCUUUUGCUGCCCUGAAACUCUAUCCUGGAUAUACCCACUAUAAUUAUACUGCACCAGGAACUGCUGUGAUAUACACUCAACAACCAAACCAAACAUAUGCAGCCUACAACCCAAGUGGGAUGAUCCUCCAGCAGGGAGCUGGGAAUCAGUCGCAGGCAUCAGUGGGAACGUUAGGAGUACCACCAUCUGGUGUUUUCCACUACCCGGGAUAUGUCUACACAACCGUUUAUUCCCCUGGCCAACAGCUACAGUAUGUUCUUCCAACACCACUCAAGUCUGAAGCAGCUGUUUCUCCUCACAAAAUUAGCAAGAAUUAAAAGACCAACAUGUAUAUUUUGGUAUGCAAGAGAAGUAAUAAUGUACAUGUAUUUUUUCGGCAUGUAAGAAAGUAACAGAACAUACUAUGGUUUACAAAGGAAUCUGAUUUUCUGCUUAUAAUUUUAGGAAUUUGCAAGAUGACUUGCAAUUUUGUGAGCUAUAUAAAAUUGUAAGGUAAAUAUAUCUGACAUAUUAAAUAAUGUUAAAAAAUUCAUUUAAAGGAAAAAUCUCUGCAUACAAUUGUGUUUGGCUGUAUGUUCAUAGCCAGUAGAAGUAUAUGUUAAUUGUUCAGUACAGUGCUGGAAAUAUUCAUGCCUCUACCUCAAAUAAAGAAUUAGGCAAGCAGACUAGCAAUGUGAAAAUUUAACACUGAGCCAGACCCUCGUAUAUCUCAAAUACUGUACUAUAUAACCAUAACCCUCUCCAAGCACUGCAGUCCAAGAACAAAACAUUGGAUUCCUCUGUUAAUGCAAUUCUCUAGCCUGUGUGCUUUAUUAAGUACUGUAAUGCCUUAAACCUUCACUGAGGUAACGUGCGCAACCUUGGUAGUUUUAGGUCAGGCAUCCAUAAUGGCUGCUGUGUGUUGGACAGCAACAAAUAGUUUGUUUUGAAAAUUUGAAUGAAAAUAUUCUGAUAGGUUAUCAAACCUAAACCUUUCAUUAUAUUACCUAAAAUAUGAUUUGCGCCUCCAAGAAGAAAUUAAUCCAAGUCUCUGUGUAACAGAUAAAAUGAAAUUGGUAGUUACUGACAUUGUUAGGCUAUCCUUUAAGAGGCUUACUGUACAUAUUAGAUAGAUGCAAUAUUCAUUAAAAAAGGUAUAGAAGCAAUAAUUGUAAUACAUUUCAACCUUAAUUAGUCAAAACCUGAAAGAAGUAAUACUUCUCGGAACAAACAAUUCAUUUCAGAAUUUGAUCCCAUCAGCCAACAUAGCGACAUUUGCUGUGGUAAUUCCGAAACCUCAUUCGUUCACGGGGAUGGCAGGAAUUACAGAAAGUAUUGAAAAGAAUUGUGAUUUACAGCCACUUUAAAAUAGUAAAGUUCAACUUAGUGAUACUCAUUGUUGCAGAGUAUUAAUGUUUAUUAUUACAGAAUAAUAACUUUUUUUUUUUCAUGUUUGAUAAAGAACUAAAAUUUGAGGCGUUACCAUUAAAUUAAAAAGAAAUAGAGAGCAUUGUACCUAAGUUGGCGUUUAUUUGUGGUAUGCUGGUAGAGUAGAAGCAUUCCUGUAUAUUAUAAUAUGGAUAUUAUGAAUAUUUACUAAGGAUAUGUCCAUCCUGAAUUUUAUAUAUAUACUGUAUUGUACAGAACUUGCAUUUUAUUGUGCUUAUAUAUAAAUAUUUAUUUAAAUAAAAUGACCAUCAUAAGAAAAUUAUAUUAUACUGUAUCUUUAUUCUUGAGAAAAUGUAUUAUGUUGCAGAGUUAUGAAUCACACCUGAGAAAGGGUCUAAUGCAUUUAAAAACAAGUCCUCUGUAUUUCUUAACUUUGGAGUGCCUUAUUCAUAAAACAUCUUUUUUACCAA